GUGGCGCCGCUCGGUCCCGCCCGCGGCAGCAGGGUUUGGUUGAGCGCUGUUUGUGCGCUCGGGGCCGCGCCGGGAGCGACCGGAGGAGAGCCGAGGGAUCGGUGCCUUCCCAGCUCUCCAGUGGGUCCGGCAGCACUGGGGCCAUGACGAGCCGCGGGGCCGCCAGGCCCAACGGGCAGUCCCAGGCCAGUAAGAUCUGCCAGUUCAAACUGGUGCUGCUGGGAGAGUCGGCCGUGGGCAAGUCCAGCCUCGUGCUGCGCUUCGUGAAGGGGCAGUUCCACGAGUACCAGGAGAGCACCAUCGGGGCGGCGUUCCUGACCCAGUCCGUGUGCCUGGACGACACGACGGUGAAGUUCGAGAUCUGGGACACGGCGGGGCAGGAGCGGUACCACAGCCUGGCCCCCAUGUACUACCGGGGCGCCCAGGCCGCCAUCGUGGUCUACGACAUCACCAACCAGGAAACGUUCGCGCGGGCGAAGACAUGGGUGAAGGAGCUGCAGAGACAAGCCAGCCCCAGCAUCGUCAUCGCCCUGGCCGGCAACAAGGCUGACCUGGCCAGCAAACGCAUGGUGGAGUAUGAGGAGGCGCAGGCGUACGCGGACGACAACAGCCUGUUGUUCAUGGAGACGUCGGCCAAGACUGCCAUGAAUGUGAACGACCUCUUCUUGGCCAUCGCCAAGAAGCUGCCAAAGAACGAGCCCCAGAGCACGAGCGGCGCCGGGGGCCGGAGCCGGGGCGUGGACCUGCACGAGCAGAGCCAGCAGAACAGGAGCCAGUGCUGUAGCAACUGAGCCAAGACCCCACCUCCAUCCCCGUCCACGCCGCACCUCCACCCCGGCACCGAGACCCCCGAACCAGGACCCUCCCAGAGCUCCUCUAACUGCACUUUUUAAUGCUUCGAAGCCACCACUCGGCACCCGAUCCCACCUGGCACCCGAUCCCACCUGGCACCUGAUCCCACCGGCUCCCGAUCCCAACACCCCACCCACCACCCCGGAGGCAGCGGAGCCAGAUCAGCUGGGACUUAACUUCUGAGAAACAACGAACUCUUCUUCACUUUGUAUUAUAGGUGCAAAUAGCGCCCUAACGCUCGGAUUCCUCCCUCCAUCUCCCCCUCUCCCCCUCCCUCUCUGCUUUGGGAAAUCUGGGUUCCCCAAACUGCCCCCUCCUGCCCCCACCCCGUGGGGGGGGUCCCGGGGGGCGGCAGCUCCGAACCGGCCGGAACCAGAGCCCUCCGGAGCCGACGGGGCUUUUCCAGAGGGUCUGGCACGGAUUUCUCCGGAGUUUUAUUAUUUUCUCCCCCCUCCUCUCUCCCGUUGGGCUGUCGGGGAGAGGGAAGCUGCAGUGUCCUUCAUUUCUUCCGAGGUGGCCUUUUUGAUGGAAGAUUGGAAGUGCCUGGGGACUUUUUUUGGGAGGGGGGCAGUGGGUUCCUGCCGGACCCCGAGCGCUGCAGGCGACCCCUCCCCAGCGCCCGCCCUCACUCCGCUGUGUUAUGGCUCUGUGGGCACGUCCCCACGGUCACCCCAGCUGUGGCCACCCCUCAGUGGUGUCCCCACAGUCACCCCAGCUGUGGCCACCCCUCAGUGGUGUCCCCACGGUCACCCCAGCUGUGGCCACCCCUCAGUGGUGUCCCCACAGUCACCCCAGCUGUGGCCACCCCUCAGUGGUGUCCCCACGGUCACCCCAGCUGUGACCACCCCUCAGUGGUGUCCCCACAGUCACCCCAGCUGUGACCACCCCUCAGUGGUGUCCCCAUGGUCACCCCAGCUGUGACCACCCCUCAGUGGUGUCCCCAUGGUCACCCCAGCUGUGACCACCCCUCAGUGGUGUCCCCACGGUCACCCCAGCUGUGGCCACCAUGUCCCCCUGGUGAUCCCGGCUGUGGUGGCCCCCCCAGGUGCCCGCAGUGAUCCCACCCCAUGGGUGACAUCCCCCCAGUGAUGCUGGUGGCCACCCCACAGGUGACGUGAUCCCAGCUGUGGCUGCCCCACGGGCGAUGUCCCCCUGCUCAUCCUGACCUCGGUGACCUUGGCCACACCCCACAGGCUGUCCCCUGCUCCUGGUGAUCCCAGCCCACGUCCACGUCCCCCUGGUGCUCCCACCGAUCUCCACGGUUUGUCCUGGUCCUGGUUUGCACUUUAGUGGUGAAAUGUCCUGUUGGGACUCACCUCGGUUCUGUUCGUGUGGCCGGGGGGUGCCGGGGGGGCAGCGGUGCCACCACCCUCCCCUUGUCCCUCUGCUUUUCCCUUCGGAACUUCUGGAGCUGGAGGGACCCUCAGUGGUGGGGUGGGACAGGCGAGGUCCCCCGUCCCAGGUGCUGCCACACAAGGGGACACCCCAAAAUGUGGACACCCCAAAUCAGGGACACCCCAAACUGGCAGCACCCACCUGGGCCUGGCUCCCUGCUGGCAGCGUGGGGGGCUCUGGGGACCCCUCGGGCCCGGGGGAACUGGGGGGGCCGUGGCUGUGGGGCAGAGGGACCAGUCUCAUAUGAAGCCCCCCAGCACGGGGGCAGAGCCCACAGGAUUUCAGCCCCUCCCGCUGCCGGGGCAGCCCCCCAGGGACCCUCUGGCCACCGUUCUGGUGCUCCCAGUGCUUCAUGUCACGGCCUGGGAGCCCCCCGAGUGGGUGACACGUAUUUAACAAGGGCUGGGGACCCCAGACCCCCUCCCCAUCUUCUAGCCCAAACCCUGGACCAAAUGAGGGACACUGCAGCUUCUCUCACUCUUUUUUUUUCCCUCUUUUUUUCUGCUUUUUCUCUUAUUAUUGUUAUUAUUUUUGCUUUGGGAAAGCUCCUCCAUCGCAGUGAAAUAACAAUCGUGGUAACAGAACUCGGCCGCUAAUUUACCGAUGUAUUUAAUGUAAGUAAAACCAAACCGAACAACAAAAACAGAAGGAAAACAAAAAUAAA